UGGAGAAGAUUAACAAUGAGAAAUAACACCAUUGUGACAGAAUUUAUCCUUUUGGGCUUAACAAACCAAACAGAGCUCCAGAUACCACUCUUCCUUUUGUUUCUAGGAAUCUACUUAGUCUCCAUGGUGGGGAACCUCAGCUUGAUUUUAUUAAUCUGGGUCAGUUCUCAACUCCAUACUCCUAUGUACUAUUUCCUCAGUAAUCUGUCAUUCAUAGAUUUCUGCUAUUCCUCUGUCAUUACACCUAAAAUGUUGGAGAAUUUUGUAUCAGAGAAGAAUAUAAUCUCCUAUUCAGGAUGUAUGGCUCAAUUUUUUUUCUUCCUUUUCUUUGUGAUUUCUGAAUUCUACAUGUUGACAGCUAUGGCCUAUGAUCGUUAUGUUGCCAUCUGCAGACCCCUGCUGUAUAAUGUCACCAUGGUGCCAUGGUUCUGCUCCCUCUUGGUGGCAGGUGUAUAUAUAAUGGGAGUCAUUGGAGCUAUUGUUCAUACAAGCUGCCUAGUGAGAUUAUCAUUCUGUAGGGACAAUACUAUCCAUCAUUACUUCUGUGAUGUUCUUCCUCUUCUGAAACUUUCCUGUACCAGCACCUAUAUCAAUGAGCUUUUGGUGAUGAUUGUUGGUGGAUUUAAUUUGUUAGCCACAACUCUGCCCAUCUUGAUUUCUUACACUUACAUUCUUCUGAGCAUCCUUCGAAUACCUUCUACAAAGGGCCGCUAUAAAGCCUUUAGCACCUGUGGAUCCCAUCUGGCAGCUGUUUCUGUAUUUUAUGGUUCUAUCAUCAUCAUGUAUUAUAUACCAACUUCCAACAGUGUGACUCAAGAAAAAGUAGGCUCAGUGUUUUAUACUACAGUGAUCCCAAUGUUGAACCCUUUGAUUUACAGCCUGAGGAACAAAGAUGUAAAGGAUGCAUUAAGGAAAUUCAUGAAGAGCAGAAUGUUUUCAAGGUCCACAUAA